AUGUCGCCGCCAGACGAUGUCGAUCGCAGAGCAGUUGCCAGAGCGAAGGUGCUGGAAGGCUACGACGUCGAGCUCAUGACCAAACUGGUCCUGUUAGACGCCGAGCCCGAGGGGCGGGUUGUCUGGGAGCUGGAAAUCACCGAGUUUUACGCCAACCAGAAUGGGGUGAUGCACGGUGGAGCAGCUGGUGUCAUCUUUGACAUGUGCACAACCACAGCAUUGUGCCCGAUCUCGAGACCGGGAUACUGGGAAUUCCAAGCCGGCGUCUCACGCUCGAUAAACAUCUCCUACCUUCGCGCCGUCCCACUGAACACGAAAGUGCACAUAACUGGGCGCGUGGCCCAGCACGGUCGGACGAUGGCGCUGAUCCGCGGCGACAUGACAAGCCCGGACGGCAAGACGAUCUACGCGACGUGCGAGCACCACAAGGUGAACGUCCCGCCGACGAACAGUAUCGACGAGUUGAGGCAGCUCUUUCAGGAUGAGAUCAAGCGGCGCGGCGGCGAUCGCUCGUGGCUUGAUAACGCUGCGCGUGCAAUGACGGUUGAGUCGAAGCUAUGA